CCUGUUAAAACAGUGAUAAAUAAAUCCAUUCUCUCUAGGGGUCUCCUCUCUCUCUCACCGAAAAAGAGAAGAUGCCAGGACCAACAAUGGAGAUGGAGCCAGUGGAGCCACAGUCACUGAAGAAGCUCAGUUUCAAAUCCCUAAAGCGCGCUCUCGAUCUCUUCUCUCCUCUCCAUUCUCACUUUCCUCCUCCUGACCCCGAGAGUAAGAAGAUAAGGACGAGCCAUAAGUUUAAUGCUGAGUAUGGAGGGCUAAAGAGCCCAAGUAGUCAGCCUCCCAGUCAUGGCAAGUCAGAUGAAUCCCAACAAGCUUCCGGUCCUUCAAAUGCUCUAGCCCUUCCAGGUCUCGAAAAUUCCAAGGAUGCACGUAAUGGAGGGGCUCAAACUGAUUUAAUUGUUGGAACAACUGCACAACCAAAACUUGAUGUUGGUUUUUCCGGGAAAAGCACUGCUGUUGUUUCUGCUGGUGGUUCAUCUGAAAGGAACCUCUCAACUUCAGCCAUUAUGGAAAGAAUUCCAAGCAGAUGGCCACGUCCUGUAUGGCAUGCACCAUGGAAGAACUACAGGGUGAUUAGUGGCCAUUUGGGUUGGGUGAGAUCUAUUGCAUUUGAUCCAAGUAAUACAUGGUUCUGUACUGGCUCUGCAGAUCGCACUAUCAAGAUAUGGGAUGUAGGAAGUGGAAGGCUUAAGCUCACACUUACCGGGCACAUUGAACAAGUACGAGGGCUUGCCGUCAGCAAUAAACACACAUAUAUGUUCUCUGCUGGUGAUGACAAACAAGUUAAAUGCUGGGACCUUGAGCAGAACAAGGUUAUCCGUUCUUAUCAUGGUCAUCUAAGUGGAGUUUAUUGCUUGGCUGUUCAUCCGACUAUUGACAUUCUGCUCACUGGGGGUCGUGACUCUGUCUGCCGUGUCUGGGAUAUCCGUAGCAAGAUGCAAAUUCAUGCACUGUCUGGGCAUGAGAACACCGUUUGCUCAGUUUUUACUCGACCUACGGAUCCACAAGUUGUAACUGGUUCUCAUGAUACAACGAUAAAGUUCUGGGAUCUUAGAUUUGGUAAAACGAUGACAACCCUUACACACCAUAAGAAAUCUGUGCGAGCAAUGGCUUUACACCCCAAAGAGAAUUGUUUUGCAUCUGCAUCAGCUGACAACAUAAAAAAAUUCAACCUUCCAAAAGGAGAAUUUAUGCACAACAUGCUUUCUCAGCAGAAAACCAUCAUCAAUGCAAUGGCAGUCAAUGAAGACGGUGUAAUGGCUACAGGAGGUGACAACGGAAGUUUAUGGUUCUGGGACUGGAAGAGUGGUCAUAAUUUCCAGCAAUCCCAAACAAUUGUACAGCCUGGGUCGUUGGAUAGCGAAGCUGGUAUCUAUGCUCUCUCAUAUGAUGUUACUGGUUCAAGGUUAGUCACUUGUGAAGCGGACAAGACCAUAAAGAUGUGGAAAGAGGAUGAAAAUGCCACCCCUGAAACUCAUCCUCUCCACUUCAAGCCGCCUAAAGAUAUCCGGAGGUUUUAAUAGUCAGUCUCUCCAAACAUUCUUUCACUGUAUUGUCUUUUUCCUUUUUCAAAUAGGCUCCAUAAAAAAAAGCUUUAAUAACAUGUCAUAGCAAUUGUGUGAGGAUUAAUUAAAGGUUUGAAAAAGUAGAAAUUAAGAACGGAUCGGCAAAGAUGUAACAGGGAGUGUCUACUAGUAGGCCAUAUAAGGUGGCAUGUGAAAUUUAACGUUAAAUAGUUUGCUGAAAGUUGUGGUAGCUUUUAGUGCUUUCCUUAGAAACUUAAAACAGAAGUAACUUGUAGUUUUGUAUCGAAUGUGGGUUGUAUUAAUGAGGUUAUCUAUGACCAAACUUCCUCGAAUAGGAGUAUUUUUUGUGUAGCAAGCGACAUGUUUGCCUGCUUAUUGGCAGGGUCUUUCAUUCCAUGGAAUUGAAACUUUGGUUAGGGCC